CCCGUCCCGCCGCCUCCCCCGGCCCGAGGGCCCCGCCCGGACGCCGGCUAUGAGCCCGCACUGGCGGCGGCCGCCAUAACUGGGGGCCCAGUGUGACAGCCACAGGAGCAGAGGCGGGAAAGCUACGGGGAGGAGUACAGCCUGUUGUAGAAAGGAUGUGACAGAAUGGGGGUGGAUUUUGAUGUGAAGACUUUCUGCCACAACCUACGGGCCACAAAGCCCCCCUACGAGUGUCCCAUAGAGACCUGCCGCAAGAUCUAUAAAAGUUACAGCGGCAUUGAGUACCACCUGUACCACUAUGACCACGAUAGCCCACCUCCACCUCAGCAGACUCCCCUUCGAAAGCACAAGAAAAAGGGGCGCCAGUCCCGCUCUGCCAACAAGCAGUCACCCAACCCUUCUGAAGUGUCGCAGUCCCCCAGCCGCGAGGUGAUGACCUAUGCCCAGGCCCAGCGCAUGGUCGAGGUGGACCUGCAUGGCCGAGUCCACCGAAUCAGCAUCUUUGACAACCUGGACGUUGUGUCUGAGGACGAGGAGGCCCCGGAGGAGAACCCCGAGAAUGGCAGCAACAAGGAGAACACUGAGACCCCGGCCACUACUCCCAAGGCUGGCAAGCACAAGAACAAAGACAAGCGCAAGGACUCCAACCACCACCACCACCACCACCACAAUGCCUCAGCCAAUGCCACCCCCAAGCUGCCAGAGGUGGUGUACCGGGAGCUGGAGCAGGACACCCCCGAUGCCCCACCUCGCCCAACCUCCUACUACCGGUACAUUGAGAAAUCAGCAGAGGAGCUGGAUGAGGAGGUAGAGUAUGACAUGGAUGAGGAGGACUAUAUCUGGCUGGACAUCAUGAACGAGCGACGGAAGACAGAGGGAGUGAGCCCCAUCCCCCAGGAAAUCUUUGAGUACCUGAUGGACCGCUUAGAGAAGGAGUCCUAUUUCGAGAGCCACCACAAGGGGGACCCCAACGCCCUGGUGGACGAGGACGCCGUGUGCUGCAUCUGUAAUGACGGUGAGUGUCAGAACAGCAAUGUGAUUCUCUUCUGCGAUAUGUGCAACCUGGCUGUUCACCAAGAAUGUUAUGGCGUCCCCUACAUCCCUGAAGGCCAGUGGCUUUGCCGCCGCUGCCUACAAUCCCCAUCCAGGGCAGUGGACUGUGCCCUUUGCCCGAAUAAGGGCGGGGCCUUCAAGCAGACGGACGAUGGCCGGUGGGCUCACGUAGUGUGUGCCCUGUGGAUCCCUGAGGUCUGCUUUGCCAACACGGUGUUUCUGGAGCCCAUUGACAGCAUUGAGCACAUCCCACCUGCCCGAUGGAAACUCACAUGCUACAUCUGCAAGCAGAGGGGUUCAGGGGCCUGCAUUCAGUGCCACAAGGCCAACUGCUAUACAGCCUUCCAUGUGACCUGCGCCCAGCAAGCCGGCCUCUAUAUGAAGAUGGAGCCGGUCCGGGAAACAGGUGCCAAUGGCACCUCCUUCAGUGUGCGUAAAACCGCCUACUGUGAUAUCCACACACCUCCGGGCUCUGUGCGCCGUCUGCCUGCCCUGUCACAUAGUGAGGGAGAAGAAGAAGAGGAGGAAGAGGAAGAAGAGGGAAAAGGUUGGAGUUCAGAGAAGGUAAAGAAAGCAAAGGCCAAGUCAAGGAUAAAGAUGAAGAAGGCUCGGAAGAUCUUGGCAGAAAAACGGGCGGCAGCACCAGUGGUAUCAGUCCCCUGCAUCCCACCACACAGGCUCAGCAAGAUUACUAAUCGCUUAACCAUUCAGAGGAAGAGCCAGUUUAUGCAAAGGCUACACAGCUACUGGACACUAAAGCGCCAGUCCAGGAAUGGGGUCCCUCUGCUUCGCCGCCUGCAGACCCACCUGCAGUCCCAGAGGAAUUGUGAUCCAGUGGGGCCACCACGGCCCGCUCCCCCAGGAGGACUGGGAACUGGGAGAGACUCUGAGGACAAGAAUUGGGCCCUGAAAGAACAACUGAAGUCAUGGCAACGGCUGCGCCAUGACCUGGAGCGUGCCCGGCUGUUGGUAGAACUGAUUCGGAAACGUGAGAAGCUCAAGAGAGAGACGAUCAAGGUCCAACAGGUGGCCUUAGAGAUGCAACUGACCCCUUUCCUCAUCCUCCUCCGCAAGACCUUAGAGCAGCUCCAAGAGAAGGACACGGGCAACAUAUUCAGCGAGCCGGUCCCUCUGUCUGAGGUAACAGAAAUCUACGAAGUACCCGACUACCUCGAGCACAUCAAGAAGCCCAUGGACUUCUCUACAAUGAAGCAGAACCUGGAGGCCUAUCGAUACCUGAACUUUGAUGACUUUGAGGAGGAUUUCCACCUCAUAGUCAGCAACUGCCUCAAGUACAAUGCCAAGGACACCAUCUUUUACCGGGCAGCAGUGCGGCUUCGGGAGCAAGGGGGUACUGUGCUCCGGCAGGCCCGGCGGCAGGCUGACAAGAUGGGCAUUGACUUUGAGACGGGCAUGCAUUUCCCCCACAGCCUGGCUGGGGAUGAGGCCCUGCUCCACGCAGAGGAUGAGGAAGAGCGGUUUCUGCUGUCCGAGAACCAGAAACACUUGCCACCAGAGGAGCAGCUGAAGCUCUUGUUGGAGCAGCUGGAUGAGGUUAACGCCAGCAAACAAAGUGUCAAUCGCUCCCGCCGCGCCAAGAUGAUCAAGAAGGAAAUGACAGCAUUACGCAGGAAAUUGGCACACCAGAGGGAGGCUGGUCGAGAGGGGCCAGAUCGGCACAGCUCCACAGGGCGGGGUGCCCUCCAGGCCCACACCCCUUGUGACAAGGAUGGACAGACGGACAGUGCCGCUGAGGAAAGCAGCAGCCAAGAGACAGGCAAAGGUCUGGGCCCCAACUUGUCCUCAACCCCUGCCCAUGAGGUGGGCAGAAGGACCUCCGUCUUAUUCUCAAAGAAGAACCCGAAAACAGCUGGCCCCCCCAAGCGGCCAGGACGGCCGCCAAAGAAUCGGGAGAGCCAGCUGGCCCCAGGUCAUGGAAGCAGCCCCGUGGGGCCUCCCCAGCUCCCAAUCAUGGGCUCUCAGAGACAGCGGAAGCGAGGGAGGAGUCCUCGGCCUAGCUCGAGCUCUGAUAGUGACAGUGAUAAGUCCACCGAAGACCCUCCCAUGGAUUUACCAGCAAAUGGCUUCAGCGGUGGGAGCCAGCCUGUGAAGAAGAGCUUUCUUGUAUAUCGGAAUGACUGCAGUCUCCCUCGGAGCAGCUCUGACUCGGAUUCCAGCAGCAGCAGCAGCAGCAGUGCCGCUUCCGACCGAACCAGCACAACCCCCUCGAAACAAGGCCGAGGCAAGCCUUCCUUCUCCCGGGGGACCUUCCCAGAGGACAGCAGUGAGGAUACAUCUGGCACUGAGAAUGAGUCCUACUCUGUGGGCACGGGGCGUGGUGUGGGGCAUAGCAUGGUGAGGAAGAGUCUGGGCCGGGGACCUGGCUGGCUAUCUGAGGAUGAGGAUUCCCCGCUGGAUGCCCUGGACCUGGUGUGGGCAAAGUGCCGAGGGUACCCCUCGUACCCAGCUCUGAUCAUCGACCCAAAGAUGCCUCGGGAGGGCAUGUUCCACCACGGGGUACCCAUUCCCGUGCCCCCGCUGGAGGUGUUGAAACUUGGGGAGCAGAUGACCCAGGAAGCUCGUGAGCAUCUCUACCUCGUCCUCUUCUUUGACAACAAGAGAACCUGGCAGUGGCUCCCCAGGACCAAGCUAGUUCCUCUGGGAGUGAACCAGGACCUAGACAAGGAAAAGAUGCUGGAGGGCCGCAAGUCUAACAUCCGGAAGUCAGUGCAGAUUGCCUAUCACCGGGCCCUGCAGCACCGAAGCAAGGUGCAGGGCGAGCAGAGCAGUGAGACGAGUGAUAGCGACUGAAGCUGCCUGGCGUAGCUGCCUUCCCUCCCUGGUUCUAGAGUGGCACCCAUCAGCCUCUGCACUGACUCAUUCCUGGUCUUGGGGCCAGUCUCAGGGGAAGCUGGGCGAGGGUGGUCCCGCUCAAGUGCAGCUGGACUGUACAGGACACUCUAGGGGUCCCAAGCAGCCUCCGGCCAAGGGAAUAUCCUCAAGCCAAAAAGGAGCCCCCAGAGCAUUCACCGAGUGGGAGGGAGCGGCCCUUGGCUGGACCCUGACAGGAGGCCCGGCACUCCCGGUGUCACCCACCCCCACCUCACUCUGUGGUGUCUGGGGCUCCUUUGGCCCCUGGAGGUCUUGAGGCCACUGCAGCCCCGGUGCGGGCCGGCCUGGCUCUGCAGCAGGAAGCUCGCCCACGUCUGUCUGUCCCACCCUGAAAGGGGGGCUUGGGGUGUGUGUGUGUGUGCCUGAUGACCCGUUCUGCUACUGUACAUACUGUAAAUUAGCGGAGAAUUUAAAUUAUUCUCAUUUGUAACUGCGUUUCCGGGUCGCACCAGAAUCCUUUGGCACUAAAAAGCCUGGGGCUUGUCCCCAAACCCCGUGCCCGCCUCCCCCACGGGUCCCUGCCCUUCAAAUUGGUUUGUAUUUAUUUCGGAGGAAGAAAAUAUAUUGAUUCUUAGAAAAUAAACGGUCUAUUUGUAA